AUGCCCGACCUCCUCUCCUCCUCCCCCUCCACGCCCCUCUCGGGCACAUACAUCCUCCAACUCUCCACCCCUGCUAUCUCCGUCCGCCGCUUCACCCCUUUCCUUCCCGGGGAUACGUCUGGGGGUGAAGGUGAUUUGAGCGAGAUCCUCUGGCGGACGUUGGCAGAAAGAGCGAGUGCGGAGGUGGGGAGCAUGCUGGAUUCUGGCGUUGGGGCGGUGGAUGCGAAUAGGGAGGUUUGGCUGUUCUCGUGUUCCAAAGUCGACAUUGACCUGCCUGAAGCCUUUGAAGAACUUCCAAUUCAAACACUUACACCCCAAACUCUCCUCGCAUGCCCCUCCCACCCAAACCCAUUCGAAUGCCUCUCCUAUAACACCUGCCUGAUCUCUCUCAAGCAGACUUCCGAAUCGCUCAAGAUGUGCGACAUGCUCGCCAACGCCAUUAUCGAGACUUUUGCAUGGAAGAAGGGCGGGCGGGCUCUAUUCAGAGCUAGUGGGGUCGUACCUAUCGAAUCGCGUUGGAGGCCGCAUGUCUAUCCCCUCUCUUCGACCAGUCUAUUACUCACCAUCACCUCACCCUGCUCCCCCGCCCCACCGACAACAUGCACACACCACCUCCUCCCUCUAUCACUCCCAACCACAUUCCUCUCCCCGCUCAAACUUGCCCUACCACAAACCAUCCGCCUCGAAGCCGCGUUCGACGCACUGAUUGGUAGGGACUGGAAGAAGGGCAGAAAAUCUCUCUUAACGCGGGAACUCGUUAUGGGGCAGAAAGAUACGCACGAAUGGGCCGUGUACUGGGUCCCGCUCCGCCAAGAAGGCGAGGGUGUUUUGACCGUCUGGCCCGGCCAUCUUGCCGCCCCUAUCAAACGGGUCCAAGAACCAGAACCAUCCGAACCCAUCAUCCACCCACCCAAACCAGAGUCUUUCGACAUGAUGGGUACUGCGCACGACCUCUUUGAAUUCUUCUCGUCUUAUCGCGAGCCCAGCCCCAGAGCCGACGGCGGGACGCAGGCAGAAGAUCCUGACCCUGCCGAGGACGAGGAUGAAGAGACUAUCGACGUCGAUAAACCACCGACGCGGCCUACGAGUAGGAGACAGAGUAUAGUGGAAGAAGAUUCAGAGUUUGAUGACCUCUUUGACUCGCCCUCGUCUUCUCCCGUACGCCAGCCUAUCGAGCCGUAUCAGCCUCCCCUCGCUGUGGCUCCUGUACAACCAGAACCAGAAACAGACGCGAUGGACUUUGGAGACUCUCUAGUGCAUAUCCGGGACCCCACCCCGCCUCCUGCCACGAGAACGCGGGAAACGGUGGAAGAGCGCGAGCCGGAUAGGAGGGAUGAAGUGGGCCUGGUGACGGAGGAUGAUUUCGCAUUCUUUGAUUCGCCUGGAUUUGGCGAUUUUGGGGGCAUGGGCGUGGAUAUAGAUUCAGCGUCUUUGAUUCCAGAGGCUCCGCCUGUGAACGUGGCAGAGGGGGAGAUGGAUGUGGACGAUCUUCUGGCAGGAUUCGGUCUUCCUGUUGAUGCGCCUGCGCCUGCACCCGAACCCAAGGAAGAAGCUGCAGAGGACGAAACCAAACCUGAACCCUCAUCCCCUUCACCGCCUCCCCUCCCGCCAACGCCUAUGACGAUACCUCCCAAGACCAAACCCCCACAACUACAUCCCCUUAUACCACACCCUUACGCACCCAUAUCGCUCCAAGAACCUCCCCGUUUCCAUGCCUAUGCUCCACCGUCCCCUGCGCCAACACCCGAAACGAGCCUGGUCGAGCGACUCUCGGCUAAACGAAAGCAAAGUUACGCAGAUGAUUGGACAUUCGAACAAAGCUCUGAUGAUGGGUAUAAUGACGGGGAAGAAGUCGAUUAUACCGGCCCGCCCACACCCGUCUCUGACAUUCUCUCAGACUCUGACGAGCCCACAGGAACAUCUUCUUCCCGCGCGAGUCUGGCAAGAGACCAUACACCAUCAAACUCCAUGACGGGUGCAGGGCAGACAGAGAUCAAGUGGCAUGGGACAAGGUGUGUAGGACCGGAAUGGGUGGUGUUGAGGGAUACGGGGGUGGAGGAGGUCAAGACGACGUGGGAUGGGGCGUGGCGGACGCCGGAUAUGAUGCCGCUUGUUGAUAAUGGGCUCAAAGCGGGGGCGAGGAAGAGUGCGGAUGUGGAUUGGGAGAAGGUUGUGAGAGAGGUUAUUACAAACCGAUCGUUUAGACGGACGGUUUUGGGUAAGAGGGAUGCGGAUAAUGAGCGGGGGAGAGGGGUGGUGGAUGAUGUGGUGAAUGGUGGGGAUGCGUUGAGCGCUUUCAGUGAAACGCGCAUGACCGUCCCACCUCAACCCCAAAUAACAACAUCCACAGUCCACACUCCCCUUAUCCUCCGACUAUCCAUAUCAGCUCUAUCAUAUUGGUCAGAGCUCGGCUUGACACCUCAAUCUGGACGAAAGAAUAUCAAGCUGGGGGUCGUUUCGGACGACCCUGGACAAGGUCGGGAGAUGGUUGAUGGGUUGAAGAAGGGGUGGGAAGAUUUGCGUUUCGGCCAGACCGAGUGGGUGAAUGUGGGUAAAGACGGUGUAAUUGCUGGUGUCCAAACCUUUCUUGAUACAUCUUUUUCAACCCUUCUAAAACUCCUCGAAGCGGAGCACCAUCUCGUGCUCUUUAUCGCACUUCCUCCUGGCACCCACCCUCCGUCCAGGCUCUUUUCACCCUCAUUCUUCACUCCAGCCAACGUCACACUCAUACCCUUACACCUACCCGCCUUUCCCAACCGCCUGACCCUGAACGACUACCGCGUCCUCUCUCGCGAAGCGUACGACCGCCUGCCCCUCCUGCUUACCCCGAUACAAUCCCGCGGCGAGCCGCUAUGGCCGCACGACAGAUACAUAUCUGCCCCAGCUUGGACGCUCGCCAGCCACAAGGAACAAAAACCCGAGUUUCAACUCGCGUUUCCCAUAGAAGGUUGGGACGUGUUGAACAGGUGGAGGUGGUGGCAUCUCUCCUACGAUGUCGUUCCUUCGACGUCGAGCGUACUGAGCAAAGAUGUGGCGGUCGUUGUUUGGAUCAGCGAUGAUAGGGGUGAAGCUUGGGAACUGCAAGUGUUGAGCAAGGAGAAGGAUUGGAAAGAGCGGGUGGGAAAGAUACAUGCUUGGGGAAAGAAGGUGGCUGGGUCGGGGACGACAGAGUGGAAUUUGAGUGUCUGCAGGGUCGGCGCGAUGGACCGCGAAGAAUGGCAAGCAUGGCGCGACAUAAUCGCCAACGAACCCCUCACCCUUCUCCUCUCCACCCCCUCCGGCCCGGCUACCACAUGCCUCACCGACCCCUGCCCUACCGCGCCUCCAAGACCGAGGGCGAUAGCCAACAUUUCCCAGGCCAUCCUCACCGACCCGAAUACGAGCAUCAUCGAUACUUCCCUGGCGGGGCAUAUCACGCAUCUGCCGUUUGCGUUACCUGCAGAGCUGCUCUCGUCACCUUCAUUGUUGCCGCAGACGAUAUACCCACAGUCGACAUUUUUGGUGACACUUCCCGGCAAGGAUGGGGUGGAGCACAAGACGGUUUCUUACCACCUUUUGUCGCACAAGCCCAGAAGACCUUCUCAAGAAAAGGACAAGGAGGCAGAGAAGGAGGAUGUAAAGGCAGUUGCGAGUGAGAUGGCUGAAGAAUAUUACAGGCUGAGUUGUCUGGCGAGGCAGAGGUGGGGUGGGGAAGGAUGGUUGGAUGCUGUCCGAUGGGGGAGGGGAGUUAUUGAAGAGAUGUCUUGA